AUGACAGCCUCGUUUCUUCAGGCGGAUAGUGUCGACACUUCGGCAGCCCCCGUUACCCAGACGUCAAUGAAGAUGCUGUCUCGUAAGCCCUCUGUGAGGAUGGCCAAGGAUAUGGGAAUGAGUGAGGAGCAGCGGCCUCACGUUGGUCGAGAACCCCGUCCAGUGGGUCCUUUGGGGAAGAGCGUUACCGCGGAGGACGUCCCGACCAAACAGAUGAAGAUGUCGCGCAAAAGCCGCCUCUACAAGGCCAUUAACCUGCGCGACUUGGAGCAUUUGGUACACAAGUCACCAAGACUACCCUCCGUCGACGACAUUGCCUCCUUCAGAAAGCUUCUAAUCAUGGUCAUCGCCAUUGCUGUGAUAUUGGUGGCAGCCUUUUCGGUGCUACUUGUGCUCCUGUAUCCAGCAGGCAGGUCUACUAACAAAACACGAGCCAUCUGCAGGACUACAGGCUGCGUAAGCCACGCGACGCUCCUUACCUUCCACCUCAACAGGAGCAUCAACCCUUGUGACGACUUCCGUGCCUACGUAUGCUCCGCGUGGAAAGCCCAGCCACUGCACUACGAGUUCGGCGAGUCAGCUAUGAAAGAUGUGAUAUACGCUUGGUUCAGGCAAUUCAACAGGACGCUACAUGAUGGUGCCCUCAAACUGCCUGUUGGCAGGAAACCGCUGAAUAUGUACAGCGCCUGUAUGGCUAAUGAGGAUGUGUACGGUACAAGCGUCGACCAGUUAAUGGACGUUAUGCACGAUAUCGGACUCGCUUGGCCGGAAGAUCCCCCGCCAGCAAGCGACGCCUUCGCUGUUUUGAUAAACUUGUCCUUCAACUUUGAAGACGUUGCUUGGUUCAGCGCGACUGUUUUGGACAAGCGACAUUCUCAAGAUAGGCGCCUCGUUUUAACACCAGCAAUCAUGCUACCUGUUCAUCUCCAGCAGCACCGUGAAUCUCAUACAGGCGGAGCCUACUACGAUUAUUGGAAAUCUUUCUACAAGUUUCUUGGUCGUAAUGGCACUGUGGAGAUGGCAAACGAAGACGAGGUCCACGAGCUUGCACGAACAGAAAUUGAACUGCUUCUAAAGCUUUACAAAGCCAUGAACGCGCCAAUGAAGGAGCCAGCGUCGUUAAGCUUCCGCAGUAUUAGCAAAUACACGAGGAAUAUUUCAUCUGACCAAUGGCUGACGACCGUGAACGUCUACACUGGUCGUGGCCAGACAUUUAGUGCUGAUGACGAAGUCAUAGUCAGUGACGAAACCUUCUUCAGAACUGUGGGUAGCAUUCUGUCUGCUUACGACAAUCUAAAGUUGUUGAGGUUCUUCUCCUGGCUAUUCGUACAGGUCCAUGGCCCAAAAGCGGACCAGCGGCUGUUCCUGCCUCGCUUUGUUUUACCUGAAAGGGCGCACUUCUUUCGACCUAUAUUCUGUGCCUCGAGCACAGAAAUCUCUUACAAGCAGCUGGUGUCAUCAUUAGCGUAUGUGUCACGAUUCUCCGACGAGGAAAAGAACCUGGUUGACGCCAGAUUCAACAAGUUGAUCGAAACAGCAGUGGCCAAGAUAGUAGCGUCUCACUGGCUGGACGAAUAUAGUAAAAAGAUGAUUGUGAGAAAGCUAAACUCGCUGGUUCUAAGAUUGUGGCCACCAAGUGACUAUCUAAACAAUGAUCAGCUAGAACAGAUCUACAAAAACUUCACUGCUCAUGAGCCGACCUUCGGAGGGUUCUGGGCCAACGCUACGAGAAGCAUACACGAAGCCAGGGGAUUCACGGGUUAUCGAGACAAGGCUUACGGUAGAGUAAGUUUCUUUCCGCCCUAUGCCAGUUACGAUCCAUUUACCAACGGUGUAAGGGUUGCCUUCGGCGGCCUGUCCGGACCGCUGUACUACAAGGACGGAACGGAAGGUAUGUUCUACGGAGGCCUCGGGCACUUGAUGGCUUCGGAAAUUGUGAACUCCUUCGGAAAGUACGGCCAGAAGUGGAAUUCGGAAGGCGAAAUCACCGAGUCAUUUCUCAGCAACUCUGCAAGAAAAGCUUUCCUUGAGAGAGACACGUGUUUGAAAUCGAAGAGCGUGUUUCCGCAAAUUCCCGCUCUCGAGAUUGCGUACUCAGCACUUCUGGACGCCCUCGCCAACGACAGCCAGCCCGUCGCCAUUCGUGAGGACCUUCCGGAAGAAAAGGUCUUCUUCAUGACCCUUUGUUACGUGACUUGCAGAAAGUCUGAAGCCCUUGUAUCGUGCGCGUAA